GAAAGUAAACGUCGACCCAAAGCGCAGCGGAAAUGUCUACCAAUAAUGAAAAGAGAUCCUGUGAUACAUUAGCUCCUGUUGCUGUCAGUAUUGCCGCAGUGGCUGCCAAAGAAAUCGAGACAUUGAAGCUGGCAUUGCAGGAGAAGGAGAACCAUAUUUUAGUCAUGGAACAGGUGUGCCUAUCGGAGUCCGAACAUCAGGCCGAACUGGAGGACAGCAUAAUUGCGUGGCAGGAUAAAUAUGAUCGUCUAUAUGAGUCUCACAAACGUGUGCAAAAGGUCAAUCAAGGUUUGGAGGAUAAGUUAUUAAAACUAGUGGAUCGUAACGCCGCCGAAAGAGCCCAGCUAACCAGCGAUGUAGCUACAUUAAGUGUACGUUUGGCCCAGGCCAACUUCAAUAUAUCGAAACUCCAGCGAGAAAUUGAGCGUUACAAGACAGACAUUAAUUUGGCCAUACAGUUACUGCAGUGCAAACCCGAAAGCUUUGUGCCACAAAAGAUUUCAUCGUUACCAAUCGACAUUCAAUCGAAAGUAUCGGCAUACAUGCGUGUGGACACACAUUCUCACUCUGAUUCGGAAGGUAGUAUUACCGGAGUGGGCAUUUCAACGACAGCUGCCUAUAAAGUGCUUCCUGCAACUGAUUCGCCUCCGCGCGAAACUUGUCCCUUUCCACCCACCGCCAUGGUCUAUUCGAUGAGGGGACUUGGUAAGUGUUAGUAGACCACGCUUUUUUACAAUUUUUAUUUGCC